UCCCCCAGCUCAGCCCGGGCCUCCCACAUCCUCCGGGCGUCUGUCCGUCCCGCGUUCCCCACGAGAGACAUGGCCGGGAGCAGUGAGAAGGCGCCAGACUCCGGGCGAGGCGUCGUGCUUACGGAUAAUUGGCCAGGAUAUGAUUUGGAUUUAUUCACGUACCCACAGCACUACUAUGGCGAUCUGGAGAGCGUGUUCAUCCCUCAUGGCAUCAUAGUGGACAGAAUUGAGCGGCUGGCAAAGGAUAUAAUGAAAGACAUAGGCUACCAUGAUAUUCUGGUCCUGUGUGUGCUGAAAGGGGGUUACAAAUUCUGUGCUGAUCUUGUGGAGCACCUCAAGAACAUCAGCCGAAAUUCAGAUCAGUUCGUCUCUAUGAAGGUUGACUUCAUCAGACUAAAAAGUUACAAGAAUGAUCAGUCCAUGGGUGAAAUGCAGAUCAUCGGAAGCGAGGAUCUUUCAACCUUGUCUGGAAAGAAUGUCCUCAUUGUUGAGGAUGUUGUUGGAACCGGGAGGACCAUGAAGGCACUGCUCAGCAGCAUCGAGAAGUACAAGCCCAACAUGGUUAAGGUAGCCAGCUUGUUGGUGAAAAGAACAGCCCGAAGUGACAGUUUUCGACCUGACUAUGCUGGAUUUGAGAUCCCAGAUGUCUUUGUGGUGGGCUACGCGUUAGACUACAAUGAAUACUUUCGAGACCUGAAUCACAUAUGUGUGAUCAAUGAACAUGGAAAAGAAAAGUAUCGAAUAUAAGGAAGCCAGAGUCGUCAGCGUCUCUUUGCCAGAUAACACGGUUCUUCUGCUCUACUCAGGAAGCUGGAGUGUGAAGUCUGUCUCCAUAGCCAUCUUCACUCAACAGGGUAUAAGAGACUAACUACUUAAGAAAUGAGCUUUUGGCCGGGCGUGGUGGCGCACGCUUGUAAUCCCAGCAUUGGGGGAGGCAGAGGCAGGUGGAUCACUGUGAGUUCAAGGCCAACCUGGUCUACAAAGCAAGUCCAGGACAGCCAGGACUACACAGAGAAACCCUGUCUCGAAAUCCCGUUCCCUGCUCCACCCCCCCCC